AUGGCCGGCUGCAACCCCAAGCACUUCAACACCCAAGACACUUUCGAGCUCUUCUUGCUGAGCGAGGGAGAGAAGAGGAUUGAAGAAAAAGUGUACUCUGGCAUGUCCAACACCUCAGACUUCAUUUUGAACAAAGAGGACCACACUCUCGGCAACCUCUUAUCUGAACAUAUCAAGGCUCACCCUAAUGUCUACAUGGCUGGUUACAAACUUGGCCACCCCAACGUACCCCAGCUCUUCAUUCGUGUACAAACAGAUGGGACGAAAACCCCUCGCGAGGUUUUCACCGCUGUCUGCGAAAAGCUCAUCAACCAACUAGAAUCGCUGCACCAGGAAUUUACCCGUGAAUGGGAGCUCCGACGUAUCACGAAUACGGGAGAACAAGGUAACUUGCAAGGGAAUGGCUUCUAA